AAUCCAAAACUUCCCUCCGAACAGUCUCACAUCCAAACACGCCCCGACAAAUCCAAACAGAGAUCCACAUAAACCCAAACUCUCUCUCUCUCUCUCUCUCUCUCUAUCUCUAAAAAUCACACUGAUUUCUUUCUGUUUCGUCAACUUCACGCCCGCGGCGUGUUUCAGCCGUUUCUCUUUGGUUUCAGUACCAAUUAGAGAAAUGGCCUUGCAGACUGCCGAUCCUUCCCAUGCCACCUCUGCCCAAACUGUAGGAAAUGACUUCGUGAAGCAGUAUUACCACUUACUUCAUAACUUUCCUGAACAGAUUCAAAAACUUUAUCAGGAUUCAAGUGUCCUAAGUUGGCCAGGGCUCGAUGACAAAAUGACAUCUGUCACAACCAUGAAACAGGGCAUUAACGACAACAUCCUCUUGUCAGAGUUCAAGUACUAUAAAGCAGAGAUAGCAACUAUAGAUGCUCAAGACUCUUGUAAUGAGAAAGGGGUGAUUGUUUUAGUAACUGGUUGUUUAACUGGGAAAGACGAUCUGAGAAUGAAAUUCACUCAGACAUUCUUUCUGACCCAACAAGACAAUAGCUACUAUGCCUUGAAUGAUAUUUUCAGAUUUGUUGAUGGAAAUGAGCAACCGGGGUUUACUCCGUUGGCAGUCGAUGAUGUUGAUGAAAGUGCUCCUACUGUGUCUGUAACCCCAGAUCAGGGUUCAAUGGCAGUCGAUGAUGUUGAUGAAAGUGCUCCUACUGAGUCUGUAACCCCAGAUCAGGGUUCGAUGGCAGUCAAUGAUGUUGAUGAAAGUGCUCCUACUGCGCCUUUGACCCCAGAACCUGAGGAUGCUCGUUCUCAUGAUCACACCAUGCAAAAUCACGCUUCUAGUCCUUCUGAGGAGGAUAGUAAUGAUGACAGAAAGGCCCGGGAUCCAUCAGACAUCAAAGGUUCUCUUUUGGAGAUUGACGAGGGUUCAGAUGUCAGAGACAUAGUUGUUGCCGAAUCCCCAGUCACUUCCUCACAUAAUGAUGCAAGCUCAGUUCCCAAAUCAGCUUCUGAUGUCCAAGAGAGUUCCCAAAAGAUGUCUUAUGCAUCAAUUCUAGCAAAGAAGAGUACAGUGACCUCUCCAGUCCAUGUAGCUACUAGUACUAUUGUGAGGGUGGCACCUUCAAGCACCGGGCAAAGCUCGCAUGCCUCCGUGGCUCCGAAAGCAACAGCUCCUCGCAACAACAGUGUCCCUCAAAGUAGUAAUGAUCAAGCAGAAGUUAAUGGCAUAUAUGUUGGGAAUCUGCCUACGGAUGUGACAGUUCAACAACUCGAAGCAGUGUUCAAGAUGUUUGGACCUAUUAAACAAGAAGGCAUCCAGAUUAGGAAAUUUGAGGAAGACGGGUUCUGUUUUGGAUUUGUAGAAUUUGAAUCCUCGGAUGCUGUGCAUAGUGCGAUUGAGGCUCGUAAAGUCACGGUUGGGGAAAAAACAGCAUAUAUUGAGAAAAGGAGAACUGUUACCCGGGGCAAGGUUCAUAAUCCUGAUGGCAUUGGUAGAUGGAGGUUCUCGUCAGGAAGGGAUGGAAACAAGUUUAGGGGAGAUGACAAUUCUAGGGGGAGGGGAAAAUUUGGCGGUGGAGGCCGCAAUCAGCAACGCACUGCAGCGGCUAAUCAGGGGGUUCUCCAGAAUGGGAGUGGAAGGGUUGGCCGUCAAGGUGGCAUGAAGUAGAAGAAUUGCUUACUGCUUGAAAUUGUUGAUACUUUCAUUAUUAUUAUAAUGAAAAAAAGGUACCCAAAAAAAAAUAAUAAUAGAGGUUUUUUUUUUCCCACA